AUGUCGACAAUAAUGGAACAGCCUUUUUAUGACGACUCGUUUCUCUCUGCUUAUGGCCAUCCAGGCGCAGCCCUGCCAGAUUACAAGUUACUAAAGCAGAACAUGAACUUGAAUUUGCCCGAUCCUUAUCGGAGCUCCAACUUCAAGUCUCAGCACCUGCGCGCCGACUCCGAGUUGUAUUCGGCGGUGACGGCGGAUUCGGGCUCCCUCAAACUCGCCUCGCCGGAUUUGGAGCGACUCAUCAUCCAGAACAGCAACGGGCUGAUCACCACCACGCCGACACCGAGCCAGUACCUAUACAACCGCGGGAUCACUGAAGAGCAAGAGGGCUUCGCUGAAGGCUUCGUCAAGGCGCUGGACGACUUGCACAAGAUGAACCAAAUGGCGCCACCUAACGUGUCCAUCGGAAGCGGGGUCGUAGCCUGCUCGGCGCCCGGUUCGGUCUUCGGCUCGCCCAUGCAGGCGGAACCGCUCGAGUACACCAACCUGGGCAGUUGUCCCGCGAAUACCAGCCUGUCGUCGGGCGUCACUUACCCGUCCGCCACGAUCAGCUACCUGCCUCACCACCCUUACCACCCCCACCAUCACCCACACCCACACGCGCACUCGCAGGGCACGGCGCACGUCUCCCAUCCCUUCCAGCACUCGCUGGCCGGCGCCGGGCUGCACGCGCCGCGGUUCGGCGGCCUCAAAGAGGAACCUCAGACCGUCCCGGACAUGCAGAGCAGCGACAACAGCUCGCCGCCCAUGUCCCCCAUCGACCUGGAGAACCAGGAGCGUAUCAAGGCGGAGCGCAAGCGGCUCAGAAACCGGCUGGCGGCGUCCAAAUGUCGGCGGCGCAAGCUGGAGCGCAUCGCCCGUUUAGAGGACAGAGUCAAGGUGCUGAAAACGGAUAACGCGGGGCUGUCCAACACCGCGUCACUCCUGCGGGAGCAGGUGGAGCAACUUAAACAGAAGGUCAUGACGCACGUGAGAAGCGGCUGUCAACUUAUGGUGUCCCCCAAAGUCAAAUCCUACUGA